UUUUUAACGCUGACCCCACAUUUUAGAAACAUUUAAAUAGCGUCAUGGAUCUAUCUUUUUAAAAGACUCUUUUCUUCUUUUUUUUAACUUUUUUCUCAAAUAAGAAAUACAAUAUAACAAAAAAAAAAUGUCUCACGGAAAAUUCGAUGCUAUUAAAGUUGGUACUGGUGAAGAUCUUGUUACCUUGACACGUUGGGUUAUCGCACAACAACAAGAAGCACCUGAAGCUACCGGUGAUCUUACCUUGCUCUUGACUGCUAUUCAAUUCGGUUGUAAAUUUGUUGCUUCCAAGGUAAAGCAAGCUGGCUUGAUUAACCUUUUGGGUUUGACUGGUUCCGCCAAUGUACAAGGAGAAGAUGUAAAGAAACUCGAUGUGUUGGCCAACGACAUUUUCCGUAAUGCAUUGAUUGCUUCCGGUAAAGCAUGUUUGUUAGUAUCCGAAGAAGAUGAAAACGCAAUGAUUAUUGAAAACCCUCAUCAACGUGGUAAAUAUGUCGUCACUUUUGAUCCUUUGGAUGGUUCUUCCAAUAUCGAUUGUGGUGUCUCCAUUGGUACUAUUUUCGGUAUCUUUAAAGUCAAAGAUGAGGCCAACCCUAAUAUCACCGAUUGUAUUCGUAGUGGACGUGAAUUAAUUGCUGCAGGUUACUGUAUGUACGGUUCUUACUGUGAAAUGAUCUUGUCUGUCGGUAAUGGUGUAAAUGGCUUUACUUUAGACCCCUCUAUCGGUGAAUUCAUCAUGACACAUCCUAAGAUUACUCUGCCUCCUCGUGGUAAGAUCUAUUCCAUUAACGAAGGUAACUACAAGUACUUUGAUGAGCCCAGUAAGAAAUACGUCGAUCAAGUCAAGCAAAAGUACAGUGCUCGUUAUGUUGGUUCCAUGGUAUCCGAUAUUCACCGAACUUUGUUAUAUGGUGGUAUCUUUGGUUACCCUGCUGAUUCCAAGUCAAAGAAAGGAAAGCUUAGAAUUUUAUAUGAAGUCUUCCCCAUGGCUUAUUUGAUCGAACAAGCAGGUGGUAAAGCGACUACCGGUACAAUUGAUUGUUUGGAUUUAGUACCUGAACAUAUCCAUGAUCGUUCAGGUAUCUGGCUUGGUUCAAAGUUGGAUGUUGAGGACUUGGAAGCUUGUUACAAGAAGGCUUAAAUUGUGUAAAUAAAUUCCCCCCACCCCUUCGUAUUUAAAUAAAUAAAAAGAUAAAAUAAAUAAAUGCAUAGUCAUUGUUUUUUUUUUUUUUUUGUAAAGCAUAAAA